AUGGCAUUCCACCUCAUUCAGCCGUACCAAUAUGCCACUAUCCGGCUCCCGUCGAACCAAGUGAGGAUCGAUCAAAUCAUACCCAACACGCUCAUCAACCUCGGCAAGUAUGGCUCAUUUCAUACCAAUCAGAUCCUGGGCCGCCCAUAUCAUCUCACCUUUGAAAUUCUGGAUCGAUCAGAAAAUCGUGAUGGGAGAGAAUUGAGGAUAAUCCCAGCAUCCGAACUACAUGCAGUCGAGUUGAUCGAGCAGGAGGAAGUUGAAGAUGGAUCGACCCCCAAGACAGAGGUGGACGACCUCUUGACUAUUGCCUCCUCAAAGUCCAAUGUCAAUAUUCACGACGAUCCGCUAAAUCAAAAAUUGACUAUGGAGGACAUCGAAGCUCUCAAGCAAGAAAGUUUGGGUAGUGGAAGAGCAAUCAUCGAGAAGCUCAUGCAGUCUCAUUCGACCAUUGACCAAAAGACGGCCUUUUCCUUGGCAAAGUAUUCAUUGCGCAAACGCCAGAAAUUCAUGAAACGGUUUACUAUCCUCCCUCUGGACGUCUAUGCUUUAACAGAGUGGCUCAUGAACGAGCGCGAUUUCAGUAAGGUUCUGGAGAUGAGAAAUGAAUGUCUGGGUCUUGUUGGUUGUUGGGCAAACAUACACGCCGAUGGAGGCAAUCCAUUGAAAGUUGAAAAAGACUCGUCUCUCCGAUACCUGGUUGUCGAUGAGACCGGCGGACUGCUUGUGGCAGCAACCGCGGAAAGGAUGGGAAUCCUUCAUCAGAUCGAUCUGGAGAAGCAUGACGACGAAAGCCCCGCCGACGCCGAUACCGACCAGGUCGGUGGAACGCAAAACGGAGUGUCAAAACCGCGCCAAAGACCAUUGCGCACUACUCCAAUGGGUGCUUCAUCAAACUCCAUCACCCUCAUCCAUGCCAAUCAACAACCCAAUUUAGGGCUCUUGCGAUAUUUCAACUUUGACUCGAACAACCCCACCCCAUCGCAUCCACUCUACACCCAGCUCAAAUCUCUGUCGUGGCUUCAACUCCUCGAACCGGAAUCUGACACAACCUAUCAAGAACCCGAGGUUGUACCACCCGAAGUCCUGGCCAAAUUCAAAUCAAAUAAACGAAGUGCCUACUUUCGAAAGAGGAGAAGGUGGGAACGAGUCAAGGGCGUAGUUGACGAAACACGAGCUGGAGAAUUCAACGGGUUGGUAGUAGCCAGCUUAGCUGAUCCCACUUCAGUUCUACGUCACGUUGUGCCUCUGCUCGCGGGAGGAAGUCAAGUUGUGGUGUAUUCACCUAAUCUAGAGCCUCUUGCUGAGUUGGUAGACCAUUAUUCCACGGCGAGAAGGACAGAGUGGCUGGGCAAGCCAGAAGAGGAUCGCAAGGUACCGUCAGAGGAAUUCCCUGUCGACCCCACGACACUUCUCGCUCCGUCAGUUCAAACUUCCAGAGUGAGGAGGUGGCAGGUCUUGCCUGGCCGAACGCAUCCUGUGAUGACGUCCAAGGGUGGUGCGGAGGGCUACGUCUUUUCAGCCACAAGAGUGUUACCCGCGGAUGGCAAAGUGCAAGCCAGAGGAAGACCACCACGGGCAAGGAAAGGAAAACUUGCUGGCGAAGAUAGUCCGAAGACUGUCGUUGACGAAACUCCUUCAGUUGCUCCUCCGACUAAGAAACAAAAGGUCGAUGGGUCGGCAGCACAGAUACCAUUGGAUCAACAAUCGAACCAUGUAGAGACUUGA